CGGCCAGUGGUUCGACUCGGGAGUCCCGCGUUAAUUGACGCGAUUAGGGGUUAAUUAGGAUUCUUUGACGAGGUACAUGACACAUGGUUACCAGCGAUCAAUGACAUUCGCUAGGGGAAGAAUACAGUUAGACGUUCGCGAAUGAUCUCUCUUCGGGACGGAAUACCGUCAUGAUGUUCGAGCCGAUGUCUGUGCACGCACGGAUCGGCAGCUGUCUAGCGGUGGAACUCGUACGUGACUCGAACGGCACGCUUUAUGAAUAGUGAUCACGAUGACCUCGUGGUCGCCGGAACCGGCGAACUCCGAACGUUUCGAGGAUAUAUUCGAUUCGUUCGUCUUCGAACGAAUUCGAGCCACGCCGAUGUAAACACAGACCGAUAAACGCAGUUAAUCUAGCAGUAACAGUUAACAGAAAAGGAUGUGAUCAUCCGAAAACUACGAAAGAAAGAUCGAUCGUCCGUGAACGGGAUAAGUCCAACGACGGCAGCUGGUGACAGGGCAAAUAGCCAGCGAGCCGAGGGGUUGUCCAAGGUCGUCGAGGGUAGCUUACCCCCAGCAAAGGAAAUUCGCAUCUGCGCACACGAGAGAAAGAAUCUCUCCACUCUGACAACGGAUCCUCUCUUCCUCUCUCCCUCUCUAUCUCAUUCUGUCUCGAUUAGAAUCCGUUCUUCGUCGCGCGUGUUCACGCACGAAAGGGGAAGAAAGGAAGAAAGAAGGGUGCGCAAGAGAUCGGUGUGCACAGGUAUACAUACACACACAUACGCGCGCGCGCAUACACUCACGCGCUCGGAGCAUACACAUACGCAAACAAGAUAGUCACGUACACCCUCUCCUUUUAGUGUGCUGCGCUGGCCGCUACGUCGCCGCGUACAUUCGCUCAGCUAUAUAGUAUAUAUGGGUCGGCGCUACGCCUCGUGCGGCUGUCGCUGAAACCAAGUUCAAGGCCAAAGGCUCGGCAAAGGCCACAAUCGUGGCCGGUGGUGGGAGUCGUUGAUGGCUGAAUAAGUGGAGGGGCUGUUGAACGCAACCCGCGGAACAUCACUCAGUCGGCUGUGAUGCUGUCUCGCGUUUGCACGCGUUCUACUGUCGCGCUCCUUUCUUCAACUCUCUGCUCGCUCGUGUGCGAACCAGACAGCCGUGUGUCUGGCGGCGCGCCGUCCACGCCGCGCCAUAUAACACGAUUCUCGUCGGAGUGACUCGCGGUAACGACGACAGUCAGCCGAUCGAGCGGAUUAUCACGAUACCAUUCCAAAUAAUAAAAUAAAACUAGAACGUUAGAAUAUUAUAGAAAAAGGAAGAAGUAGAUUCAUAAGUCACAUACACACACACAUAUAUAUAUAUAUAUACACACAUAUAUAUAUAUAAAAUCGCGUGUAUGCUGUGCCAUACGAAUUCACCGCGAACGUCGACCCGUAGUGAUCGUGCCGAUGGGAGAUUAAUUUUGGUGCGCGGUGAAGUUCGCUCCGGAUCUACACGCCGCAGAAACGAUUAAGGGAUCGAGCGAUUCGUCUCGAUCGUUUUUCCUCGAUCGUCAUGGGAGACGAGUUACCCAUACUGAAAGGAAUCCUGAACGGAGUUGUCAACUAUCAUAAUGCACCGGUACGAUUCGGCCGUGUGCCCAAACGUGAGAAGGCCAGGAUUCUGGCUGCUAUGCAGCAAAGCUCCCACAGCCGAUCUCAAGAGAAGGCAGUAGCGGCCGAGCUGGAGGACGAGCAACGGCUUCUGGCCACCGUUGUGCAAGCCCACCUCGACACAUGCGACUUUACCAGGGACAAGGUGGCACCGAUCCUGGUCAGAGCUCGAGAAACGCCUAACUAUACCGCCUGUCCGCCAACCUUGGCAUGCCCCCUGAACCCUAACCCCCAGCCGUUGACUGGCCAGCAAGAGUUGCUGCAAGAUUUCUCGAAGAGGUUCUCGCCCGCGAUCCGUGGAGUGGUAGAAUUCGCGAAACGCAUCCCCGGAUUCAGCCUGCUGGCGCAGGACGAUCAGGUGACGCUGCUCAAGGCGGGCGUUUUCGAGGUGUUGCUUGUCCGGCUUGCUUGCAUGUUCGACGCCCAGACGAACAGCAUGAUCUGCCUGAACGGGCAGGUGUUGAAACGGGAAUCCAUCCACAACAGCAGCAACGCCCGUUUCCUCAUGGACUCGAUGUUCGACUUCGCCGAGAGGGUGAACUCGUUGCGGUUGUCGGACGCCGAGCUCGGCCUCUUCUGUUCCGUGGUCGUGAUAGCCGCCGACAGGCCGGGAUUGCGCAACACCGAGCUGGUCGAGCGCAUGCACAACAAGUUGCGGAACGCCCUCCAGACGGUUCUCGCGCAGAACCACCCCCAGCAUCCGGACAUCCUGAGGGAGCUGCUGAAAAAGAUCCCAGACCUGAGAACCUUGAACACCCUCCACUCGGAGAAACUGUUGGCGUUCAAGAUGACCGAGCAACAGCAACAGAUGCAAGCCCAACAGCAACAACACCAGCAACAGCAACAGCAAACGCAGCACGUCAUCAACGCUCAACAACAACCGCAACAGCAGCAGCAGCAGCAGCAACAACAACAACAGCAACAACAACAGCAGCAGCAGCACUGGCCUAUGGAGGAGGAGCCCGCGGCGUCCUGGGGGUCAGCCUCGGACGUUACCCUGGACGAGGCUGUGAAGAGUCCCCUGGGCAGCGUGUCGAGCACCGAGAGCACCUGCAGCGGGGAGGUCGCCUCCCUGACGGAGUACCACCACGUGGCCCCGCCCAGCGGGCACCACGCGUCCAGCGCGCCCCUUCUGGCCGCCACCCUGGCGGGCGGCCUCUGCCCCCAUCGUCGGCGAGCCAACUCGGGCAGCACGAGCUCAGGGGACGACGAGCUGCACCGUGCCUCCCUCUCGAAAACGCCCCAACCACCCCAAUGCCCCCGAUUCCGCAAGCUCGACUCGCCGAGCGACAGCGGGAUCGAGUCGGGCACCGAGAAACCGGACAAGCCGGCGAGCAGCAGCGCGAGCAGUGCUCCGACCUCGGUCUGCUCAAGCCCCCGCUCCGAGGACAAGGAGGUGGAGGACAUGCCGGUGCUGAAACGGGUGCUUCAAGCGCCACCCUUGUACGACACCAACUCCCUGAUGGACGAGGCGUACAAGCCCCACAAGAAGUUCCGCGCCCUGCGCCAGAAGGACAGCGCGGAGGCCGAGCCGGCUGUGAUCGUGCAGCACACGCAGUCCCAGCUCCAUCUCCAUUUAACCUCGCCGCCCGCCCGAAGUCCGUCGAGCCAGGCGCAGGCGAGCCAAUGUCCCCAGACGGCGAGCCUGUUGAGCAGCACCCACUCGACCCUCGCCAGAAGCCUGAUGGAGGGGCCAAGGAUGACGGCCGAGCAGUUGAAACGCACCGAUAUCAUUCACAAUUACAUAAUGCGGGGCGAGGCGAGCCCGAGGUCGCCGAACGCGUCGCCCUCGCCCGCGGAGCAAUGCGCGUCCACCACCACCAUCACCGCGCGAUCGCCCCAAGGAUCUCAAGGAUUGCUGCAGUGCGCGACCACCAACUACUCGACGACCAGGUGGCCGGCCACGUCCGUCAUCACGACGACGACGGGCGCCCGGCAGCAGCAGCAGCAGCAGCAACAGCAACAGCAACAGCAGCAGCAACAGUCUUCCUCGGACUACCUCAUGGUCGGGAAUUCGCCGGCCUCGUCGCCAAGGUACCUGUCCGCGGCGGCGACGAGUAGUACGAGCACGAGUCCACGGCCAGCCUCGAGUACGGCGGCGACGCUCGUGUUGUCGGGCUGCCCUAGCAACAUGAUGGAGCUACAGGUGGACAUAGCGGACAGUCAACAACCGUUGAACCUGUCGAAGAAGUCGCCGUCCCCGUCGCCCAGGCCGUUGGUAGGCCCGUGCAAGGCGUUGUCCCUCGAGGCGUAGUGGUCUGAUGAACGGGUCGUAUGAACGUGUCUUGUCGCUCGUGACGGGUGAUGAUGAUGAUGAUGAUGAUGAUAAUGAUGAUGAUGAUGAUGAUGAUGAUGAUGAUGAUGACGAUGAUGAUGAUCGGUUCGUUGUAUAUUCCGUAUAACACCCCGCACGAUCCUGGACGACAGAGCGCGACGACGACAACGCGCUUCAACGCAACAAGGAGGAGAGAACCCACCUAUAAAUUGUAUCGGCUGAGCGCGGCGAUCAACGAAUGGUGUGUUUCGUCGCGGCGGCGUGUUGAUCGCGAGAUGAGAAGGGGAAAAGAAAGGAAAGGAAAGAAAAAAAAAAAAGAAAUUGGUAAAUCAACAGGACAGGUUGGUUGGUGGUGUGUAAUAAAAAAAUGUUGGUGUGUCGCGCGCCACGUCGUUCCCCUCCCGAGACACGAGGAGUGAGAAUGGAAUGGAAGAACGAGGAAUUUAAAAAAAAAGAAAAAAAAAAAAAGGAAAAGUGCCAGGACGCUCGGAAGCGCGUGA